UUGAAAGCAAGUCAGUCUCAACGGCGAAUUUCUUCAUCAUCAAACAUAUCAACAACAAGGAAAUCCACAUCAAUACUGACCCAUUGUUUCUCAAAUGGGGGUCCGUGUACCCCAAGGGGUACUCUGAGGUACAACUACGAGGAGAUCUGGCGAAAAACCACUGUGGUGAGUUGAAUAUCUAUAGCAUAUCACCUGAUAGGACCCAACUUUGUGCAAACCGAAAUAUCACUUUAACCAGAUGCUUGUAGGUACAUAUGCAUCAAUGGUCCUGCUCCUUGGACUCCUAAUCAAACCUCUUCAUACUGUCUGUAAACUUUUUACAUCUGAUAUAAUCCUGUUUCCUCUCACCAUGUUGAUUUUGCAGACUAAAUUUAGUGGGGAUUCUUUUAAUUGAGUAUUGGUUUUAUAUUAUCUAUUAUAUACUGUACAUCUAACCUUACUGCUGAGCUGUGAAAGAUUAGCAUAACAAGAGCUGUACAUGCAUGGAAUGCACACAGAAUCCCAGGCAAAGGAACACCCAAUUGUUUGGCAGCAGGAGGAUGUCCAAAAAAAACUGGGAGAGUAGUUGUUGCCACAUGCCUCCCAAGCAGCCAGGGACGGACUGGGACUACAAGACAGCCCUGGACUUUUACUCGGCCGGCCCACAGCAAUCGAUACGCGGAAAGUUAUCAACGCCUGGCACAGGUGUCACAAUACUUGAAUCAUGACUCAUUACACUAUACCAUCCAAAUUACAGCAAUAGCACUGAUGUUGAUUAUAACAUCAUCUAUUCCAUGCAAUCUUAUGAUUACUUUAUUACUCAAUAAUCUUAAUUAAAUUAUGCAGUAAUUAACUUACUGCACAAAUAAUAAUGAAAAUACAUCACUACAAAUGUAACUUCUGUAUUCAAAGUCUUCAAAGUUUGUAAGUAUUAUCAGAAAACUGUAACGUUACCAAAACUUUAAAAAGUAAAAGCACAACAGUUUUUUUUAUAUAUACAGUAUGUAGCCUAUUUCUUAAUAUUACUGCACUGUAAAAACUGAGAUCGGGGUUAAUUAAUAUUCACCAAAUAAAUUCAAGUAAAAUAUACAUAAUAAAAAAAACUAUGGGCUGUUUCGACUAAUGGUUUGUUAAAUUAAACAAAUAUCAAGAAAUUGUUGGUAACAUUUUACAGCGAUUGAGUGCGUGUUUCUGUGUGUAAAACCAGCUUUGAAAAUUUAUGUGAAAUGUAAUUAUUUUGGAUCGGAACAUGACAAAUGCAAAAUAUUGAUUAAUUUUAAUUAAGGGGAGGUCUUUGGUUUUAGUCUCUAUAGACUUCCGCGCACUUAUUUUCUCUUCACGGAGUGACGUUCAUCGUCAGUGCCACACAUUGAGGACUCGGCUACUUUUUCCUCAGGUAAGACCUGCUUUUCUGAUUUUAGUCAACAGUUUGGUACCAAGCGCUUGUAGAAGUUGAAUAUUUUUUGGGCUGCUGCGAGUUACUAAAUAAUAGCCUACAACUUUAAUUCCCUGUUUAGUAACAAUAAGACUGUUUUUGUCCGAAGUUAGCCUGCCAUGACUUUGAAUUAACAUGAGAGACAAGGACUUCAAUAUGGGUCUCUAAAUGACGUUACGUUGUAUGACAAUGUUUCAGUGCAACAUUAUGAUCAUAACGUUAAUGUAAUAAAUCAGCUCCAAAAAUGUUUAUCUUUUACCGAACUGCAGCACGAGCAGCUAAACCGUAAGGAGCUAGCAAACAAGCUCCGUCAGUAUAUGUCACCAUGCUGAAACAGCCCUACACAACAAGGACUGUGGAAGUUAUCGCUGAAUUCUGUUCACAUUUUAAUGCACACAUAUUAGUCUCGAAAGGCUACUUUUAACUCUUUUCCCAAUAUGUAACCCCCCCUCCCCCCACCGCAGGCACACACACACACACACACACACCACAGACACGCACACACACACACACCGCUGACGUGCGUGCGCGCGCACACACACACCACAGACGCGCACGCACACACAGACACCUUAACGAGGGAACAUGUUACAACUUGAACCGCCUGCUUCAACGCUCAUGGCUGAACAAGGACAGUGUCUGUGGUGAGUUAGAAAAAUUAAGCCAACAACAUUUCGUCUCACCUGACAUUAAGUAAUAGUUUUUAUUUAAGAAGCGUAUAGUUUCAUACUUUUCAAAUUUGCGUGUUCCGGGAGUAAUAUAAAAAAAAUUAUCUUGUUGCACUGUUGUACAAGAUAUGUUUUCCCUCCUUUGCUUUAAUACAAAGGUCUACUGUUGUGUUUUAGACACUCUGGUUCUUAGGGUACACAACAUUGAGGGCUUUAUCUGGCCAAAAUGAUCACGAAAAAUCCACCGCUCGUCUAAUAUAUUUAUGAGUCCGUUUUUUACAUAAAUUUUUUUUUUACAAACAUGCUGUUUAUACGCAUCAAACAUGCGUAUAAACAGCAUGUUUGAUGGAGGUCUGUGUACAUUAUAGUUAUUAUAGAGUUUAGAAUAGCUUGACAAAUGGUAAAUAAAUGCUUUCAUAAGCAUAUACCAAAGGAAAAAAUACUGCUCAAAGCUUGCACUUUCACAGUGCAGGAGACAAAAUGGUGAUUCUCACCAUUGAACAGCACAACUUCUAGCUGCUUAAUGAACACUAAAAUGAGGAAACAAUAGAUUCAACUGCAAUUGCAGAAAAAAUACAUUUUACUUUUGAUUAAUUAUGAAUUAAACCCUUCAUUACAAACCUCAGAGUCGGAUUUACAGAAACCAUAAUUUAUUUUUAGUUCAUGUACUUUUUCUAAAUGUUUAAGCCAUUGUUUCUUUUAUUGACUUGUCCCUCAUGAGCCCAUUUAAUUUGGUAACUGAAUCCUCACUUGUCCUUUACUAUUUCAAUCUGUUUUAUAGUUUAUUUUAGUUAUUAUUGCAAAUACUUUUUAUGUUAAGAGCAAAAUAACCUUUUUUACUGUAGGUUAACUAACUAUCAAUUUAAUAUUUAUAGAUAUGUUUGGGCUUCUGUCUGUGAUGCUAUUGAACUUGUCUUUUCACAGUCUUGAGAGGAACACAGAGAUGGAGGCAAAACUCCGAAUAUUGAUUGAUGACCAAAUUGAGAAGUUGAUCCUUCCAUCAGGCAUCCCAUCCACUGUGGAGGAGCUGCAAACUGUUGUGAAGGAGGCUUUUAGUGUAUCUGACGAGUUCAGUCUUCAAUAUCUUGACCCAGAAUUCAAGGAUUUCUUUACUCUCAGAAGAACGGACCAAAUCAAACACAAGGACACAAUAAGGGUGGUCAACUCGUCUUCGGUCAUUCUCAACUUGUUUCCAGUUGAUGAAAGUUUAAGCAGUUCCUUUGGCCAGACGACUACUGACUGUGAUUCUGCAUCACUUGCAGAGUCAUUUACUGGAUCGUCUUCAUCACAGGACACUCUUAUCUUGCAGAGGCACAGUAACACAGAACGAUAUCAGCCAUGGCCAAAAAUGUUUCCCAUUCCCCAAUUUGCUUAUGAAACUGAAAUGUGCAUCACAAGAGCCAUGGAAGAAUUCAAGAAGAGCGGAACUCUCCUGACUAGCUCAAAAAUCAAGGCAGAUGUACUUGAGAAGCUAGCUGAAAAUAUAUAUACAUAUACUGCCUAUCCAUCCAGUGCUCAAAUAAGCGAUGUUGCUGAGGCUCUCGUCACAAAAUUUCCAUGUCUCAAGGAACCUGGCUCGUACUCUGGAUUCUACGGCUGGCAACAAAGCAUAAAAUACAAGAUGGCCAAUUAUCGCACCAAACUUCGUGGCUAUGGUGUUCCUGAGGUUUUAUGCAAUGCACUGAAACGCAAGAGCUCUGCUGACCAGAGGUCAGCUAAAAAUGUGAAAAAGCCUCGAAAGGCUGAGAUCAACUACCUCCCUCCUUACCCAGCAGGUGAGGAUGAAAACAGUCAAGAACAAGUGAGGAUUCAGUUGCUCAGUGAAGUCAUGAAGAGGGACAACAACAAGAUAAUUAAAGAAAAAAUGGCAAAGACAUUUGCCCACAGAAGAAAUGAAAUCAUCAACUGUUCACCAUGCAUUGAAGACAUCAAAGCCAGAUGGCCAGCUCUUUUUGAGCCAUCUCAUCUUCAGGAUGAGUUUCUUAAGAUCACGAUGGUCAGCCUUGAAUCCCAGUUCAUGUUCAAGCUUGAUGAAUACACUCCCAGACUGCUGAAAAUCUUCCACUCCAAGGGCGGAAGUAUGGGUUUGAAGUUACGGUCCAUCCUACUCAAGGUUCCCAGCAGUCCUACCAUCGAUGAGAGUAGAGAGGCUGUCAUUCAUUGUUUGUUGGCUUAUCUUGGGGAAUCUACUGAUCAGCUCUUGAAAGAGUAUGAUGAUGCUGAUGAAGACAGUGUGGCACGGGACCUGGCUGUACAAAGCAUGAAGAGGUACAGAAUCAAGACCAAUGUGUCAGAGGACCCUGAAGACAUUGGAAUUGUGGUUUACGGUGUCAAAGCUCUUACUGCUUUGAAGAACUUUCCCAGGGCCUGCUCCAUGCUUGUUGGGCUGACAUAUGCAGUGGAUCUUGCCUAUCCAAAGGAGCUUCGAUACACAUUUGAAGUUUUCCAAAAACUCCUUCUUGAACUGGAUAGUUCAAAGCUGUCCCCAAAAGUUACCAGCCUCAAGAAUAAACUGUUAGCUUGAAUAAAGGGACAAUUGAAGAAUGAGGUGGAUGUUAAAGUCACUGUCAGGUGUUAAUCAUAGACGUUCAAGUUCACAAAAUUGUACACAAAAUUUCAUACAGUACAAAGAUAAGAAUACAUACUUGCAGUUCAGAAAUAUUGUUCAAAUGCUAAGUACUUAAAAAAAAGCUAAGAAUAUUCUGUGCUUGUGAUGGACAGAGAUUAUUGUGCAGUGUUGUUAAAUGCUUAUAAGCUUUUGAAUCUUUGAGUAAUGACAGGUCUUUGUUAGUACACUGAUGGGAGCCUAGUAACUAUGUGAACAAGACCCUGUGUUAAGCAUUGUUUACCAAAAUGAUACACCAUAAGGCCAGUGGAUGUUCUUUGCCUGUAGUACACAUGGUUUACAGCCUUUUUUUGUAGCUCCUCCCAAUAUUUUAUAUUUGCAUAAUAUAGCACUAAAAAAGGUUUUAUAAGCUUGUUUAUAAUACAUGUUUUUACUGUUUGUACUGUCCUUUAAUGCACUGUGAUCUUUUGUAGUGGUAUUAAGUAAAGCUUACUACAAAAAAGCCAAAGUAUUGAGUAGAUUGUGCUUAGAAAAUGUAUGGCAACAAAGUGACAAUCAAAUGUAUUGAAUAGAUUUAAAGCACUGUGAUACUUAAUGAAGCAUAAAUUUAAUCAAUUAUUCUAGGUAGAAAUAAUUAG